UCCUGUGUAUAUACACAGAUUGCUUCUCACGUUUUGUUGAAAGCUGCUUAGAGGCAGCGAUUGUAUUCUAGUUUACUAAUCUUUGUAUCCUUUUGGUGCCUAGGAUGUGUCUUGCACAAAAUGGAAAUGUCUGUUAUAUGCAAAAGGCCUUACUGAGAGCUGGGAAUAUGAAUUUUUGCAGUGUCCAAGUACUGCCUGUAUUUAAACACAAACUCCAUUUAACUUGUUUAAGGCUCAUCAGGGUAACAUCUUUACUAGACCCGUUGUCUUCCAGUUCGUUACACACCCGCGGAUCGCAGUCUGGGACCCUCGGUUUUUCUACAAACACGUGCGUCAGAAGCGCUUCCUCCCAGGCCCCUCCUCUGUCCAUGUUGAUUGGCGGACAAAACGUUCCAAUCAUCCCUCCCCGCCUCUUUCAGCAGUAGCCAAUCACAGACCCCAAGCACCUCCUGACUACUAGACACUGUUUACUAACAGAUCCAAGCUGGGGAAUAAGGGGUGUGACCAUUCUGGGGAGGUCAGGGAGAGGAAGGUCCUAACUGCGCAUGCGCACCGGGGAAAUGGGCGGGGAAAAACCUCGGGUUUUACCAAUCGGGGCUCUCCUGCUCCGCCCUCUCUUUCCUCCCCGCCAAGCAACAACAAUUUGAGGAGCGGGGCGGGGCGGCUCUUGAGGCAUCAUGGAGGAUUGCCCAAUGGGAGCCGGCAGUCGCAGAUGCGCGCGCCCUGUGCCCAAUAAGUGGUGGUGGCUCCAAUGGCUCCUCUACCUUGCUGGCUGUGGGCGGAGCAGCUUGAAGGAGGAGGCGGUGGAGCAGGGGGGCGGUUUGGUUGCGCGGUACUAGCGGUGCCCGCCGAAGGGGGAGGAGGCGGAGAAGCGAGCCGAGCGGCCAGAGCGGGAAAGAGACUCGUUUCUGCGUCCGAGUUCUGGGGCCGCCGCACCCGGCUCCUGGGGCUGCAGCGGGAACGGUGAGGGGCCGGGGGUCCGUCGUCUCCCGGAUCUCCUCGUAGGACCCAGCGGCUCGGAAAAGGGAGAAGAUGGAGGAGGAGGGCGGCAGCGGCGGCGGUGCCGCGGGGACCAGCGGGGACGGCGGCGCCGUGGGAGAGCAGCUCCUCACUGUCAAGCACGAGCUGCGGACUGCUAAUUUAACAGGACAUGCAGAGAAGGUGGGAAUUGAAAAUUUUGAGCUUCUGAAGGUCCUAGGAACUGGAGCUUAUGGAAAAGUAUUUCUAGUUCGUAAAAUAAGUGGCCAUGAUACUGGAAAGCUGUAUGCCAUGAAAGUUUUGAAAAAGGCAACAAUCGUUCAAAAGGCCAAAACUACAGAACAUACAAGGACAGAGCGACAAGUUCUGGAGCACAUUCGGCAGUCGCCAUUUUUGGUGACAUUGCACUAUGCCUUCCAGACAGAAACCAAACUUCAUCUCAUUUUAGAUUACAUAAACGGUGGAGAACUUUUUACUCAUCUUUCUCAAAGAGAGCGCUUCACGGAGCACGAGGUGCAGAUCUAUGUUGGGGAGAUUGUGCUCGCCCUCGAACAUCUCCACAAGCUGGGGAUUAUAUACCGUGACAUUAAGCUUGAGAAUAUUCUACUUGAUUCUAAUGGCCAUGUGGUGCUGACAGAUUUUGGUCUGAGUAAGGAGUUUGUGUCUGAUGAAGAUGAAAGAGCAUAUUCCUUUUGUGGAACUAUUGAAUACAUGGCACCAGAUAUUGUCAGAGGGGGAGAUUCUGGACAUGACAAGGCAGUUGAUUGGUGGAGUUUAGGUGUUCUAAUGUAUGAAUUACUAACUGGAGCAUCUCCUUUCACUGUUGAUGGAGAGAAGAACUCCCAAGCUGAGAUAUCUAGGAGAAUAUUAAAAAGUGAGCCUCCAUAUCCUCAAGAAAUGAGUGCUUUAACUAAAGACCUAAUUCAGCGGCUUUUGAUGAAAGAUCCCAAGAAAAGAUUGGGAUGUGGUCCCCGAGAUGCGGAUGAAAUCAAAGAACAUCUCUUUUUUCAGAAAAUAAAUUGGGAUGACUUAGCUGCCAAAAAAGUGGCUGCACCCUUUAAGCCAGUCAUCCGAGAUGAAUUAGAUGUGAGUAACUUUGCAGAAGAGUUCACGGAGAUGGACCCCACCUAUUCUCCAGCCGCGCUGCCACCGAGCUCAGAGAGGCUGUUCCAGGGCUAUUCCUUUGUUGCUCCUUCUAUUCUGUUCAAGCGUAAUGCAGCCGUCAUAGACCCUUUGCAGUUCCACAUGGGGGCUGACCGUCCUGGAGUGACAAAUGUUGCCAGGAGUGCAAUGAUGAAGGAUUCUCCAUUCUAUCAACACUACGAUCUAGAUCUGAAGGACAAACCACUGGGAGAAGGAAGCUUUUCAAUUUGUCGGAAGUGCAUACACAAAAAAAGUAACCAAGCAUUUGCAGUCAAAAUAAUCAGCAACAGGAUGGAAGCCAACACUCAGAAAGAAAUAACAGCUCUGAAACUCUGUGAAGGACACCCCAAUAUCGUGAAAUUGCAUGAAGUUUUUCAUGACCAGCUUCACACGUUUCUAGUGAUGGAACUUCUGAACGGGGGAGAGCUGUUUGAGCGCAUCAAGAAAAAGAAACAUUUCAGUGAGACGGAAGCCAGCUACAUCAUGCGGAAGCUUGUUUCAGCUGUAAGCCACAUGCACGAUGUUGGAGUGGUGCACAGAGAUUUGAAACCUGAGAAUUUAUUAUUUACUGAUGAAAACGACAAUUUGGAAAUCAAAGUUAUUGAUUUCGGCUUUGCACGCUUAAAACCGCCUGAUAAUCAGCCUCUCAAGACCCCGUGCUUCACUCUUCAUUACGCGGCCCCGGAGCUCUUGAAUCAUAAUGGUUACGACGAGUCCUGUGACCUCUGGAGCUUGGGCGUCAUUUUGUAUACAAUGCUGUCAGGGCAAGUCCCGUUCCAGUCGCACAACAGAAGUUUGACGUGUACCAGUGCAGUGGAAAUCAUGAAGAAAAUUAAAAAGGGAGACUUCUCCUUUGAAGGAGAAGCCUGGAAGAAUGUAUCCCAGGAGGCUAAAGAUUUGAUCCAAGGACUUCUCACAGUCGAUCCAAAUAAAAGGCUUAAAAUGUCAGAUUUGAGAUACAAUGAAUGGCUUCAAGAUGGCAGCCAGCUGUCCUCCAAUCCUCUGAUGACUCCAGACAUCCUCGGGUCUUCAGGGGCUGCUGUGCAUACCUGUGUGAAAGCCACCUUCCACGCCUUCAACAAGUACAAGAGAGAAGGGUUUUGCCUUCAGAAUGUCGAUAAGGCUCCUUUGGCGAAGAGAAGGAAAAUGAAAAAAACUAGCACCAGUACGGAGACACGCAGCAGCUCGAGCGAAAGUUCUCAUUCUUCUUCCUCUCAUUCUCACGGUAAAACCACACCUACAAAGACGCUGCAGCCCAGCAACCCUGCUGAGGGCAGUAACCCAGAGGCCCUCUUCCAGUUCUCAGACUGAGUGACGUGCCAGUGGUGGGAACGGAACUGAUGGUCUUUGCACCUUUACUCCCUCAGCAUGUGCCUGAGGCCAGGUUUUGUGCUUUUAAAAAUGUGUCCCGUGGUCUCAUUGGAAUCUGCCUCUUAGGGAAUUUUUUUCAGGAAGAGCCAAGUGGUUAUCCUUGUCCAAAAGCACUGGACAGAGAGUGUUACUGUGAACAGAGCACCUGUUAUAUUGUUUUAGCGACCUAGCACGUCGCUGAGAGGACUGUUCUUGAAAGAGCAAAGGUGUCUGUAAACCUUAUUAGGGACUGGUUAUAUCUGAGCUGCUUACGAAAUGAGUCACACGUUUCUCAGACAUCUGCCAGCAAGAGUCACUUGUACUGUGAUGAUGAUACCUUAGUCUCACAUUGUGGAUAAAGUGGGUUUUUAAGAGAUUUGUGCCCUUGGAAAGCGAUUUAUCAGAGAAAAAGGUCUGUUUUUCAGAAAGAUUCUGUAAUGAAUUUUAUGUGUGGUGUAUACUUAUUUCUUGAGAAAGGAUUUUAACUUAUUGUGUUUAUUUUAUAGUUACAUAUGAUGAUAACCUGCUGUUAUUAAUCUUUUUCUAAAAAGUAAAAAAAAAAUAUGUAAGAACUUAAGGCCCCAUGCUCUGUAUUUGGGACCCAUCUGAGAUGCAUGCUAAGCUCCUUUUAUUUUAAGUUUUGCACUGCUCUUUCCUGGCAAUUUGUUUUAAUGGUUAUUGCAGAAUAUUAAGGUACAUGUCUCUGUUCUAAAUAACACUGCACUUUAUAAAAGAAUCAAAACAAGCAAACUGUUUUAUAAAGUGCACUGUUGAAAAUGUAUGUACUGUAUUUUUGCCAUUUUUGCCAUUAUCUACUUUAAAUCUGUCCUCCUUUAAAACAUCCCCCUUCUACUUUGUAUGCAGCAAGUAGAUGGGCAUAAUCAUUAGCCACUUGGGCAACGAUGUGAAGAAAACCUAAAGGGAAAUUCUAUUCAACACUGUGCUUAAUAUUCGUACACUGUGUUGUGCUACAGGGAGGCAUUUCCUCCUGUAGUCGGGUAUUAUGUACAUAAUAUUUUAGAAUCAUAACUAUAACUUGUUUUGAAAUUUUUCCGUUAAAUUUUAAAUCCAGAAACCAUAUUUUAUAAACUUAUACAGAGCACUUUUAUUGCUCACAAGUUCUGAAUUCAUACAGAAAACAAUUGCUAUAUGAUGAAGACAUUUUACGUGAAAGAUUGCUGCAUUUUAAAAUAUGGCUAAUUCAAUCCCUAUGCAAAAAAAAAAAAAAAAUGAAGUGAUGGGAUUUGUAUAUUUUCUUUUAAAGCCAUCACAUGAAAUGUCAGGACUGAGAAAAGUGAUCUUUGCUAUGUUUACAGGAAUCAUGCUUAAAAAGAUAAUGUCCGACAUGUUUAUUUUACAGUCUUUGUUAAUGACAACCUCUUGAGCAUUAGUUUGGAAUUUGGGCAUGAUAUUUAUUUAUUCCUUUCUUAGGAUAAUAGCAGCAUUAAUUUCAACCAGUUAUGAAUACUAAAAAUAUUGCACUCUAUGUAAUAGUAAUAGUAUAUUUAUUACUGAAUCAAUGUAUAUAUUAAUAGCACAGGCAUCAAAAUGGCAAAUAUUAAAAUAUUUUCAAAAUAUA